AUGUAUGGGAAAGAACCUGGAUUUGGCUAUGUGAUGGUAUUCUCUAUCAACAAAGAAACAAGUUCACUAACAGAGUUGACCGAGGAAGAAAUAAAUAACACGACCCUUAUUAAAAUUGAGAAUCUGUUGCAAGCAAAUCGAAGAAGUUUGGCUGAAUUUAAAGGUGGAAGAAAUGAGUAUCUGAGUUCCGAUUCAAUUGAUAAAACGGAAGUCAAUUAUAAUCAAGCUUAUGAAGUUCUAACCCAAAUUUUUUUGAGCUCUCUAAGAGUAUCAGGUCUACCAAAUCAUAUAAUCAAACUAAAAGUUGGAACACCCACUAUGCUAAUGAGAAAUUUGGAUCAGGCAGAAGGGUUAUGCAAUGGAAUAAGAUUAAUCGUCACAAGCCAUGAACAAUUGUAUGUAUCAGUUUUAAGAGUGAAGAGUAAGAGUGGUUUGAAAAUCUUAAUACACAACAAAGAGAAUUCAUCAUGUUUGAGUAUUACUAAUAUUGUGUUCAAGGAGGCCGUCCAAGCACUAUCAUAG